AUGGGCCCCUAUCUCUAUGGGCGCCUACCUCUAUGGGCGCCUAUCUCUAUGGGCGCCUAUCUCUAUGGGCGCCUAUCUCUAGGGGCGCCUAUCUCUAUGGGCGCCUAUCUCUAUGGGCGCCUAUCUCUAGGGGCGCCUAUCUCUAGUGGCGCCUAUCUCUAUGGGCGCCUAUCUCUAUGGGCGCCUAUCUCUAUGGGCGCCUAUCUCUAUAGGCGCCUAUCUCUAUGGGCGCCUAUCUCUAUGAGCGCCUAUCUCUAUGGGCGCCUAUCUCUAUGGGCGCCUAUCUCUAUGGGCGCCUAUCUCUAUGGGCGCCUAUCUCUAGGGGUGCCUAUCUCCGGGCGCCAAUCUCUAGGGGCGCCUAUCUCUAUGGGCGCCUAUCUCUAUGGGCGCCUAUCUCUAUGGGCGCCUAUCUCUAUGGGCGCCUAUCUCUAUGGGCACCUAUCUCUAUGGGCGCCUAUCUCUAGGGGCGCCUAUCUCUAUGGGCGCCAAUCUCUAGGGGCACCUAUCUCUAUGGGCGCCAAUCUCUAUGGGCGCCUAUCUCUAUGGGCGCCUAUCUCUAGGGGCGCGCCUAUCUCUAGGGGCGCCUAUCUCUAUGGGCGCCUAUCUCUAUGGGCGCCUAUCUCUAUGGGCGCCUAUCUCUAUGGGCGCCUAACUCUAUGGGCGCCUAUCUCUAUGGGUGCCUAUCUCUAUGGGCGCCUAUCUCUAUGGGCGCCUAUUUCUAUGGGCGCCUAUCUCUAG